AUGUCAAUGAUUCCAGGGCUAGAGAGACCUGUCCCGGUCCCCAAUGAUCUGACCAAGCCCUUCUGGGAUGCCUGUAACGAGCGGCGGUUGGUCUUGCAGAACUGCACCGCCUGCGCGAGGCUGCAUUAUCCGCCCACACAGCGAUGCAACGAAUGUGGCUCGGCCGACAAUCUGGAGUGGAAAGAGGUGCAAGGCAAGGGACACAUUGACGUGUACCUGGUGAUACGCGACUCCCGCAUCAGGGGAUUUCGGGCGGCGCAGCCGAUCAACUUUGCGGUGAUAACCCUGGACGAGGACCCGGGCAUCAACUUCUUGUCCAACCUUCCGGGUACCCCGCCGGGCGAGGUCCCCGUUGGAGCCCCGGUGGAACUGAUAUUUGAACAAACGAGUACCGGCCAGUUGGUCCACGAGUGGCGGGUGCUCACCUAG